AUGUUAGUCGGAACCGAGCGGCUGAGCGCCUUUACCGCACGCAACGACAAUGGCGUUCGCAUCCAGAUCAACAGCCGCUCUCUCGGCACUCCGCCAAAUUGGAUCGGGCCCGGCUGUCGCAUCCAGCUCGCGCAACGUCGUCGCUUCAUUCGCAACUUCGGCGUCAUCCUCUUACGCCGCUCCAACACCCGAAGAUGCCACUGCACGCAAAGCGCCGUACUCAGCCGCUGCCGAGGCAUCUCCAGCACCCACAGACUUGAAUGCCAUCGGACGUGGGCGUAA